AAAAAAAAGGUUAUCAGCUGUUUCCAAGAGUUACCCGGUAGCUUUUUAGCAUAACAUGGCUUCAAUGAUGAUAAAACCUGUGCACCUCCGCUGCGUUGUUAGGGUCUGCAGGCUCGUAAGCCAGCAUAGGACAUGGAUAACAUCGUGUUCAGACAGAAGUUUUGCCACUGAAGCAGAAAAGGGACCCAAAAUAUACACCAAAACCGGAGACAAAGGUUUCUCAAGCACAUUCACAGGAGAAAGGAGGCCAAAGGAAGAUCAUAUUUUUGAAGCCUUAGGAAAUACAGAUGAGCUGUCAUCAGCUAUAGGGUUGGCUCGAGAAUUUUGCCUUGACAAGGGUCACACAUUCACACAUCAGCUGGACAAGAUCCAGUGCAUUUUACAGGACGUGGGCUCCAAUAUUGCCACCCCGCGGUCAUCUGCAAGAGAAGCUCACAUUAAGAGAACAAAAUUCACAGCUCAGCCAAUUGCAGACCUGGAAAUCUGGAUUGAUGAAUUAACAGAAGAACUCCCUCCACUGACAAACUUCAUUUUACCUUCUGGAGGGAAGAGCAGCGCAGCUUUGCACUUGGCUCGGACAGUUUGCCGGAGAACAGAACGCAGUGUUGCUCCAAUUGUGCGCUCAGGCGAAGCAGAUCCAGAUGUUGCCAAGUUUUUGAACAGAUUGAGUGACUACCUGUUCACCGUGGCCAGAUAUGCCGCCAUGAAGGAAGGCAAUGAGGAAACAAUCUACAAAAGACCACAAUGAUUUUAAAUGAUAACAAGAUAUAGGAUCACAAAGGUCUGUCUUGGUUUGGGGAUUGUUGGUAAUGACCGUGUUUCAUUUUCACUAUGUGUAUAUAUAUAUAAAUAAAUCUGUAAGGUUUUGAAA